AUGGCGGGAUGGACGGCAGCGACGGUAGCCCGGAAAGCGGCUAAUUUCAGUCGGCUUGCCACCGUUUCUAAACUGCCUUCACCGGUUCCUCAAGCCUCUUCCCUCAUCCAGCGCCGUGGCAUGGCCGGAGGCGGUGAUCCUCAUGGACCACCAAAAGUGAACUUCUGGCAGGACCUUUUGAGCCCAUCUAAGUGGAAAGAUGAGCAUUUUGUUAUUGUCUCUAUAAUUGGCUGGGCGUUGGCCAUCUAUGGAGGCAGCAAGCUCUUCACAGGAGACAAGGGUUGGCCAUCUAUGGAGGCUGCAAGGUCUUCACAGGAGACAAGAAGGACAAGAACCGGGAGAAGAAGAAGGUUGGAGAAUGGAAAACCAGCACGCUAG